CAUAUGAAAUAUUUAAACAUAUUAACAGAGAAUGAGUUAGUCUAUUAUGAAUUACGAAAUAAAAACAGAAGUAGUAUCGGGAUAGGAUCACUCAUUCACUGUCCAUUAGUGGGCAUCUGAGAUUUAGAAGUCUAGCUACAAGUUUUGAUAAGAAUAUAAAAGUGAAGGUUCUGUGUAAUUAUGGAAGUAUUAAAGAUGAAGGUUGAACCAUUUUCUGAUGAGAAACAGGAAGCUUUGUUGGAUAUCAAAUUGGAGAAAAAUGAACGUGAAACUUUCACAACAAUUAGUACUACAGGAAAAGCUGAUUACAUGGAAGAAAGAUCUCCACACACCACAUUGAAGUUUCGUACAUUAAAAGAGGAGAAAGAAGAUAUCUGUUAUGGAGGUACAGCGACAACUGAGAACACAUUUGUCCAAGAGAAAACAGAACAGUUUGGUGAUCAGUUAGGUGAUAUUAUUUCAAAGUUCAGUGACAGCAAUGAUCAUGAUCUGGAUACUUCAAGUUAUAAUGAUAUGAAUGUGAAAACUAAAACUGAAUUUCAAGAAGAAAUUGAAUCUGUGUUAGAAAGUACAUCUGAUAUGAAGACCUGCUGUGGGAGUCAGUGUCCUGGUAAUCAUGUUAUAAAACAAGAAGAUUACUUUAUAGAAGUUAGAAAUUCCCCAAAACUAAACAGUGGUAUAUAUGAAGAAUCAACUUUAAAUGGAAAUAACCUAAACAAAUUUAGUAUACCUCAGUGUAAUGGUAAAACAUACAGUUGUGUAAUCAGUGGAAAAGAAUAUGGAACAUUGGAUAACCUAACACAAGAACAGAGGAUUCAAUCUGGAGAGAAACCGUAUCAUUUUGCAGUGAAUGGAAAACAUUUUGAGAGAAAUAGUCCUUUAGAACAACAUGAAAGAAAUCACACUGGGGAGAAACCUUAUAGUUGUGGAGUUUGUGGAAAACUAUUUGGAUCAAGCAGUAACUUAAAAUCACAUCAAAUAAUACAUACUGGGAAGAAACCAUAUAGUUGUAUAGUUUGUGAAAAACAAUUUAGAACAAAGGGUAACUUAAAAAACCAUCAAAAUAUACACUAUGGGGAGAAACCUUACAGUUGUACAGUUUGUGAAAAACAAUUUGUAUCUAGCAAUUACUUAAAAUUACAUCAAAGAAUACACACUAGGGAGAAACCUUACAGUUGUACACUUUGUGAAAAACAAUUUGUAUCGAGCAAUUACUUAAAAUUACAUCAAAGAAUACACACUGGGGAGAACCCUUACAGUUGUGCAAUUUGUGAAAAACAAUUUGUAUCAAGCAGUUACUUAAAAAUACAUCAAAGAAUACACACUGGGGAGAAACCAUACAGUUGUGAAAUUUGUGGAAAACAAUUUCUUAGAAACUAUGGUAUAAAAAUACAUCAAAGAACACACACUGGGGACAAACCAUACAGUUGUGAAAUUUGUGGAAAACAAUUUCUUAGAAACUAUGAUAUAAAAAUACAUCAAAGAACACACACUGGGGAGAAACCAUACAGUUGUGAAGUUUGUGGAAAACAAUUUAUAUCAAAGGGUGUAUUACAAAAUCAUCUAAAAAUACACACUGGGGAGAAACCUUACAGUUGUCUAAUUUGUGGAAAACAAUUUCAAACAAACUGUGAUAGAAAAAGACAUCAAAGAACACACACUGGGGAGAAACCAUACAGUUGUGAAGUUUGUGAAAAACAAUUUGUAUCAAGCAGUUACUUAAAAUUACAUCAAAGGAUACAUGCUGGGGAGAAACCUUAAAGUUGUGGAGUUUGUAGAAAAUAAUUUGUAUCAAGCAAUUACUUAAAAUUACAUCAAAGGAUGCACUCUGGGGAGAAACCUCACAGUUGUACAGUUUGUGAAAAACAAUUUGUAUCAAGCUAUUACUUAUAAUUACAUCAAAGAAUACACACUAAGGAGAACCCUUACAGUUGUGAAGUUUGUGAAAAACAAUUUCUAAGAAACUAUGAUAUAAAAAUACAUCAAAGAACACACACAGGAGAAACCUUACAGUUGUGCAGUUUUUGAAAAACAAUUUGUAUCAAGCUAUUACUUAAAAUUACAUCAAAGAUUACACACUGGGGAGAACUCUUACAGUUGUGAAGUUUGUGAAAAACAAUUU